GCGUCCACAACUAUCCAGUCCCGUCCACACAAACGCAGACAUCAACAAGGGAGCGGGUUACUGAUGCGGGUUGAUUUUCAUAAUAGUCACAUCGUAACGACGCGCUAUAAGGACUAUUACUUUGUACAAGCUCCACGCAACUCGCGACAAGAUGUUUGGCUUUCAUAAGCCAAAAAUGUACAGGAGUUUGGACGGCUGCUGUAUCUGCCGCGCAAAGUCCUCCAGCUCUCGUUUCACGGACAGUAAGCGGUACGAGAAAGACUUCAGGAGCUGUUUUGGACUGAGUGAAACACGAUCUGGAGAAAUCUGUAACGCCUGUGUGCUCCUGGUGAAACGGUGGAAAAAGCUACCUGUGGGAACGAAGAAGAACUGGAACCAUGUUGUGGACGCCAGAGGAGGUCCCAGCCUAAAGAUAACCUCCAGGCCCAAGAAGAUAAAAUCCAUCUCCAAGAAAGCACGGCCGAGCCAGAUCAGCAGGCUGCAGAAGGAGCUCAAAAGAAACAACUCAGAUGCUCACAGCACCACCUCCAGCGCCUCCCCAGCUCAGUCCCCCAGCUACAGCAACCUGUCAGAUGAUGGCUCAGACACUGAGCUCAGCCCGGGGUCCAGCCGCUCUCCUGUUUUCUCAUUCCUGGACCUCACUUACUGGAAGAGGCAAAAAGUGUGCUGUGGAAUAAUCUACAAGGGCCGUUUCGGGGAGGUGCUCAUCGACCCCCACUUGUUCAAACCGUGCUGCCGCAACAAACAACGGCAGCAGCAGCAGCAAGAGGAGGAGGAAGAAGAAGAGGAGGAGGAGGAAGACGAGGAGGAAGAGGUGGAGAUAGAGGAGGGCCAAGUCGGCGUGGAUGUCAACGGGCACAAAUCCCAGAUGGAGGAGGAAGUGAAGGAGACGCCACGAUGCAAGGAAAACGCAGAGCCUGCACAGCUAUGUGUCACCAUGACAACACCUCCAGCCAGGAGCAUGGCGGCGAUGGAGGACGGAUGGUAAAGUCGGAAUUCCGCCUUGCACACAUCUCUGAAGAAAUCUUGGGGUGCUGUUUUGUUUUUUCUUUUCGAGCACUUACAGAAAAAAGUUGCCUCAGAUUGCCUUCAAUCAUAACGCAGCUGAAAACCCUUCGGUCUC